AGUGCCGUUUGCUGAAGGACCGCGAGCUCGCCCUCCUUUUUGUUUGCUGUCCCCGGCGCAUGGCUGCCUCGUCCGCCUCCGCUGCCACAGCAUCCUCGGAGAGGAUGCUGUCCUACGAGGACGACGUUGCCCACACGGAGCCUCCAGCAAGCUGCGACGAGGCGCCCUCUCGGGCCCGCCCAGCGCGAGCGAAGCUCGCGUUCCGCGCCGGGACGGCGCUGACGGGCUUCGCCGCCGUCGCCGUGGCCUGGGCCGCGCUGGGGCCGCAGCGGGCGCCGGAGCAGCGGGCUGGCCUGCGCGCGGUGGUGCAGCAGGCCGAGAAGAAGCGAUCGAAGAGGGCCGAGAAGAAGCAGCACGAGGAGGUCGUGGCGGACCCGCUGCAGGCGGUCUACGACGCAGCGGGGGCCAGAGAGUGGGCGCUGGGCGAGCUGUCCGACAGGUGGAAGGAGGCCGAGGAGAGGGCGCAGAAGCUCCUCGGCGAGAUCUCCAUGGACGACAAGCUGGCCCUGCUGCACGGGCGGCAGACCGAGAGCGGCUACGCCGGGUACGUGGCCUCCGAUGGCAUCCCGGGGUCCGUGCCCCUGCGCAUGAACGACGGGCCGCAGGGUUUCAACCCGUACACCGAGGAGGCCAAUCAGGGCACCACCACGCAGUUCCCCUGCCUGCUGGCCGUCGCAGCCACCUUCGACCCAGAGGCCUCCCGGCGAUACGCCAACGCCAUCGCGGAGGAGUUCGUCGGCAAGGGCGCAAACGUGCUGCUGGGUCCUGACGUUGAGGUGCUCCGCGUGGCCGUGGCGGGGCGGAGCUUUGAGACACUCUCUGGUGAGGAUCCAUACCUGGGCAGUCAGCUCGUCAAGCCCUUCGUAGAGGCGGUGCAGGGCAAGGGGAUCAUCGCCACGGUCAAGCACUGGCUGAAUAACAACCAGGAGGUCAUGCGCAUGACCAUGAGCGUGGAGGUCGGGGACCGCGCCCAGCACGAGAUCUACACCCCAGUCUUCAAGGCUGCGUUCGAGGCAGGUGCUGCUGCCGUCAUGUGUUCGUACAACAAGGUCUAUGGCACCUACGCCUGCGAGAACGACCGGAUCCUGAAGAAGUUGCUGAGGGACGACCUUGGCUUCCGCGGCCUUCUCAUGUCGGACUGGGAGGCGACCCACGACGCCAAAGCCUCGGCCAAUGGCGGUCUCGAUAUCGAGAUGCCCACCGACGCCAACUUCGCCGAGCUCGGAGGGCUCGUUGGUUCGGGCGAGGUCUCGGAGGAAACUAUCGACGCGAUGGCAGGCCACGUCCUGGCGUCGAUGUACUUCGCUGGGCAGUUCGAUGGGAAGUUUGAGGGCGAGGUGUUGGACCGGGUCUCGUUUGACGACGUCACGAGCGACGAGCAUCGCGAGGUUGCGAAGCAGACGAUCAUUGACAGUGCUGUCCUCGUUAAGAACGAAGACCACACGUUGCCCAUCGAGGCGAAGGGCAAGAAGAUAGCCAUGAUCGGAAAGUAUUGCAGAGACUCCACGUGGGAGAGCGACUACAUGGGCACCUCUAGCCCCUUCAUGGCAGGUGGCAGCGGCUACGUCACGACGACCCGGACGAUCCCCCCUCUGAAGGCGCUGCAGGACCUGGUCCAGGACGCAGAGUCCAUCGAGUGGAGACGCGUCCGCUGGCGAGGGAGCCGACAUCGCCAUCAUCUGCGCCUCGGACUGCGAUGCCCACGAGGGCUGGGAUCGCCCCAACUUUACGCUGCCAGAGGCCGCUGGCCUCGUGAAGGCCCUCAGGGACCAGGGCGGCGACAAGAAGGUGGUGAUGCUCGCCAUCGUGCCCGGAGAGGUGACGACCGAGUGGAUCAAGGACACGGACGCCGCCCUCUUCCUCUUCAUGCCCGGGGAGCAGGUGGGCCCCGCGGCGGCCGACCUGCUGACCGGCGCCUCGAGCCCCGGGGGGAGGCUGCCGAUCUCGCUCCCGAACGACGGCGAGAAGCCCCAGGGCACCAAGUUCACGGACGAGCAGUACCCCGGCUCGUGCGGGCCCCCCGACUACUGGUGCGACGACCUGGUCGCCAACUUCUCGGAGGGCGUCCUCAUCGGCUACCGCUGGUACGACGCGAAAGACAUCAAGCCGAAGUACCCCUUCGGGUUCGGGCUCACCUACACGGACUUCGAGUACGAGGGUUUCGACGCGGUGUGCUCCGAUGCCGGCGCCGUGGUCUCACUAGAGGUGAAGAACGUCGGCGGCCGCGACGGCGCGGCGGUGCCCCAGCUCUACGUGGGGUUUGCCAGCCUGAAGCCGUUGCUCCGGCAGAUCCGCGGCUUCCAGAAGGUUCAGGUGCCAGCGGGGAAGUCGGUGCCAGUGACGUUUGUCCUCACGGAGGACGACUGGAGUUGGUACGACGAGGCCGCAAGCAAGUGGCGGUCCGCUUCGCAGACUGGCGAGAAGAUCACCAUCAGCGUCGGGAGCUCCUCGGGGGACCUCAUCUGGAACAAGACCCUCGCCUGCGGUGGACAACCCACGAAAUCUGCGAACAAGAAAGUGUCCAAGUAGCCCUUUGGAUCAGGGUACUCGCAGUAUUUUUUGUCUGCGGUCCCCAAACUUUGGGUCCGAUCGCUUUCCAGGGGCCGGAGCGCGGGCGACCCCCGUCAGCGCCGCUGCGUCCGGCCAUCCAGUCCGCAUUUGCUUUCCCCCAGAAGCUAUGUGGCAGCUCGGCCCCCGCAUGAUCAUAUCAUUGCCGCGGCUUGUAGUUUCUGUUGCUCGGUUGGAGUGCACAAAGUUCGCACCCAGUCGCAUCGCGGAGAAAAUCCGCGGUCAAGAAUUUGCAGCAUUUCUGAAAGCCGGGCGUCUCCGGGUGCAUGAGUACCCGCAGCCCCCCAGGGCUGGCGCGGCCCAAUUCCCUGGGGGCCUCCUGCGGGCGAGCCGCCCAAACGCGGAGGCAGCGUGAAAAGCUCAGUGCGGGAGGGAGCCGCGCCGCAGCGAGGGUGGAACACGCUGCUCGAGAGCCGGAGGAGGAGCAGCACGGCAAGCAGACACGUAUACCCAUUGUGGCCGCCACAGGGCCUUGAAAUCACAGCAUCGCGUGAUGUCGCUGUCUCUGCAGUGCACUGACCAGCCGCGCCGGCGUUGCUCCAGAUGGGUGACGAAACUACGGAA